AUGGGAAACGAUGAGAAGCAAAAUACGAUCUAUUCGCCGAAUGUCACAAAUUUAAAAGUACAGAACGAAAAUUCUACUAUCCGAAUUAACCCACUCAGAGAAUUACAAGAAAGUAACGAGAAAAGUAUAUACGAUGAAGUGGAUAAACUAUUUUUCGAGAAUGUCACAGAAUACACGAAGGAUCCAUGCAAGCUGAUUGCAAGACUGAAAGAGAAAUACAAGAAUGAAUUCAUGAAUUGGAAAUAUCUCCAUAUGAAUCAAGUGAAACAUGGCGAUUUGGUUCGGGUUCGUGCAAUGAUUCUUAGUGGAACCCAUACAGUAUUUUCAUUAAAUUCAGUAAUCACAGAAGAAGAGGAUGGUAGUACUCGCACAAAUAUCAAGGAAAUGAAAGGUAUGACUCGCCGAAACGCGUACAUUUUGGUACCAGAAAGAGGGGUAACAGAUUGGUACUUGGAGACUUUUUACGGUAAAAAUCGUCAGGGAUACACUGAGAUGCUUCUCAAAAAUGAAGAAUCUAGAACUUAUGCUCUGUUUUAUGACACGGAAAGUGAAAAUUUUAAACCAAAUGUUGUGUUUGAUGUGUAUGGGAUUGUCGAUUUAGCUGAAAUAAAAUUUGAAGAGGAAGAUGAUAGUUCAAAUACAAAAAGUUCAUUGAGCAUGGUGUCAUUACAUGUUAUUCAUUACGAACCAUUAAAAUAUCAUGAUAUUGUGUCAUCAACUUAUCCAGAGGUGCUAAAGCAUAAAAACAUGCACGGGUUUGAAUCAUUGAUUUAUGCUUUCGAACAACUCUUCGGAAAUAAAGUUAUUGCGCAAUCUCUAGCAUUUCAGUUGUUCAUUUCGCAACACUCUCAACCGCCAAUACCUACUUUUCCUUAUACAAUAAAAAAGGUAUAUGACAGCAAAUUGAUAAUUGAAAUGAUCAAACUUUUCAUGCCAAAAAUUCAUGUUAUUGAGAUGAUGCAAAAAACAAUGGAACAAUCGUGGGCGUCAUACGAGGAACCUCAAAGCGGUUUCGAACAAGGUCUGCUACAAGUAUCCGAUAAUACUUUAAUCAUUAUUGACGAAACUAAAUUAUCGCUAGACAGCUUAUUGCUCACCAAAAAAGGACAUGAGAACUGCAAUUUGAUCAGAAAUUUCUUAUCUACUCGAAAAAUACCAUUCGUUUUUCCAUAUCAAACGGUGGAAAUCGAAUCCAACAUAAACAUACUUGUUUUGAGCGGCGAAAAAUGUUUCUUUGGCCAAGAAGAUUUUGCGAUGAUUGUACCUAAACCGUGCCCAAAGAAUGCAAAUUUCGUGCAGCAAUAUGCUAUGGAACAUAAAAGUGAACUUAAUCUUUGUCGCCAUGCAAUUUUGUCUUGUUCCAAAAGUUUUUGUAACGUCGGUAUCUGUAAAACUGUAGAAGAAAUGGCAGUUGAAAAUUUCUUGAAGAUGCAGCAGAUAUGUAGGAAUACGGAUGAUAACUCGGCUCGAUUACAUCGGCAGCUAGCCAUUUCCAAAAAGGGUAAUGUUAUUGUGAAGUUUAAGGCCUUACAAUUAUGCCUUUUAUUUUGUUCCAGACUGUUAACAUUACUGAAAGGCGAGAAAAUCGUUGAUGAAGAUUGUUGGACAACAGCUGUGAAGUUUGAGAAUGAACUACAAAUUAAUGCUGGAAGUCCGCUUUACCGAUAA